CGCCCCCCGUCAACACGCAUCGGCGAUCGAUGCCGUCGAUUCCUUUUCACUAUCGAUUUCCAGAACAGUGAUGUGCUUUUAAUUUCCGGAUUUGUCAAUAUCGGUUAUUUAGAAGUGAUGUGGUUAAACGAUUAACUGUGUGGUGUUCUUGAUGGUGAUUGUGUGUGUAUGUGAUGAUUGUUUGUUUUUGUGAGUUGCUGGCAGAUACGUCUCACACCCUUGACCGCUUAAGGAGUUCAAAAUUGUCAAGUACGGCGAUGAGCGCGUGGCGGCCGCGGUAAGCGGCGGCGGGCCGGCGGGCGGAUGCGCCCGCGCGGCCGGCCGGCGCCGCGAACACACGGCCGGCGCCGACCCGCGCCGCUACUAUGCGCAUGCCGAGUGCCCUCACCACUCUGCUCGCGGUGCUGUGUGGGGCAGGGGUGGCGGGCGACGUGUUCACGAACGCGAGUCGCGUGCGCCGGACGCCUCGACAGCAUCACCGCGCGCCUAUAGAAGAGGAGUGGAAAAGAUCGCAUUGGCGCGAGAUGCAGCAACUGUUGGUGCAUGAGGCCAGGAACCAUAGUGUUGGCGUGGACUGCUGCCCCACCGUGCACGAGAUGACCGCGCCUCAGGGCGGCCGCACCCUCAGCGGGCUCUUUGUCGAGCUCUACCGGGACGGCGAGAACAACAUGCAGCUCUACGAAAUCUCCUGCGCGGCGGGCGUCGUCGAUAAGCCAUGCCGGUUCGUCGACGCCAGACUCUACAACCAGUCUCGGUGCGUCCAGAAAUACUCCUACUCGUAUGCUUUAGUGCGGCCCUACGGCCCUGAGGCCGCUACGGAAAACCCGCAUCGCCACAGGAGGGAGCCACAAGGAAUGGCCUUCAAAAAAGACGGCGAAAUCACCGUCUCGGGCGGCUGGUCCAUGGACUACGUCCAAGUGCGCUCCGGCUGCGAAUGCCAAAUCAUCCCCACCCUCAAGCCGAGGAAAAAAAACCAGCACAAAAACAAACUAGAACGGCACAAGCAGGGGAAAAGAAUGAAAGAACUCGUGAGAGAAAGAAGGAAAUACGAGGAAGGCGACGACACCUGAUUGUGGAACUCAGUGCUAGUGUAAUCCAGUGGGACUUGAACAAAUUUACGAGGAUUUAUCUCGACUUAGUAUUACGGGAGUGUCUUCGCAUCUAGUUUUCGUGAUUUAGUCUGCUGAUGGUGGGCCACGGACAGUUUAGUUUUAAGUAAUUAGAUGCGGAGACAUUUGAGCUAGAUUACAAGACGAUGUGACUCAGAUGUUCCAAAGCUAAAUACACCACGAAAGUUGCGCUUAAGAUUAUGGCAAAUAAGUAAUUACUUACCGGGGUCACUUUCACAUUUCGCAGUAGCAGUAAAUAUUAUUGCUUCUGACGACCCAACCAACCACUACAGCAAAUUUAUAGUCUAGCUACUUAUCGCUAACGUCUCACGCCCAGAAGUCAAUUGCAUACUCAAGUACUUAUAGCUACAGAUCCCAGUAAGAAAUCUUGUAUCCAGCUUGUACUUUUUUAUGAAAUUGACCUCUUGUAUAUCGGUUUUCAACAGUUUAUCAACUCACAAGUUAAUCCUUUGAUGAAUGUGUCAUAAAUUGUCCAUGUUAAAGCGACCUACAUUAAAAAAUGACUAUUCUUCGUUUUUUUUAUUAUUAUUAUUAGAGAGAACUGCAGAAGAAAGCAUGAAUAAUUCUAUCAGUUACUCGAACUGUGAAUAAUGGAUUAGUUUUAAGUAGCGCAUUAUGUUUUUCAAAAUGUUAACGCACAAUGUAAUUUAGAACCUCAUGCGUCCUUCUGCGAAGUUCUGUCUAAUCUUCAAAAAAUUAACUAUAAUACGCAAUGGAUUCUGUUUUACUUCGUCUUGUAAAAGUACGUUAUGUUACCGAUGCGACAUGUCAGGUAAGCUUGGUUGUAAGAGCCUAUCGGUUGAUCAUCUAUUGUAUUUAUUUUCGGAAUUUCGUCUAUAUAGUUACGCUUCUUGUUAGUAUUGUAUAGUUCUUGAAUGAAUAAAACGGGACGAUCUGCGGUGCCUUGUGGAAACUGAUGUGCCUUAAAUACUAUUGUUAACCGUUAAUUGUUAAACAUGUGUUGUUUAAUAUUUAGAGGACUUCAUUACACACUAAUUGUAAAUUCAGUCAGAUAUUUCUUUUAACUAAUAUAUUUUAUAAUAGAAGAGAAUUAAUUCAAACAAAACAUAUUUUAAAAAUAUACGUUUUAUAUUUCCGUAGAAUUAGCAAUUCAGUAUCAUGCUACUAUUGUUUAACAUCACCCGGCAGAGAUGUUCCAUUGAUUAUUGCGCUCUCUUCCUCUUAAAAUUAAGAAUAUUUAUUCAAAGUUAACAUUUUAGAUUUUUGUUAUCAUUGUAACGGUACUUACUACGCUAGGCAUAAGUGCGAGUCAAAGAUCUGUAUUAUUUUCUAUUUUGUAAUACUUUUAUUGUAUUUAAAACGUAGUUGUUUAAGGAUAUUCAUUUAUUUAUACUGUUUAAUACGAGGUAUUCCGAUAUUCAGUAUGAAUGUUGAAUGUAUGUUGAAAUCGCUUCCAUAAAAUGUUAUGAAUGUAAAUAAAUAACACAGUAGUAUUGUUGACUGAGAUUAUUUUGUGCAUUUAGAUGUGUAAUUUAAUAGCAAGACAGAUAUUUUAACAAUAAUUUUAAAUACAGUAGCAUUCGUCAAAUUCG